AUGAAUAAGUCUAAAUAUUUAUAUUAUACAAAUGAUUCAAAUGAACUCUUACGUAGAGAUAGGUAAAUUAAAUAUCAAACAUCAUUAUAGAGAUUUUCUGAUACAUCAAUAAAAAUUAGAAGAAAUAAAACGAUCAAAAAGUGCUAUUGGUUAUCAUAGAAGUAAGUCAAUUAAAUUACCAAAAUCAACAAAUAUUAAAGAUGAAAUGAUAUAAGCUGAAAUUUACCAUAAAAAUUAAUUAUUAGCUUCAAAUUUAAAGAGAAUACAUGCACGAUCAUUUUAAGUCCCAUAAAAACUUUAAAAUUUCUAAAUUUCACUAAAAUCUUCAUAAUCAAAAGAACAAACAUUUAAAAUUUUGGAUGAAAAUAUAAACUUAUGCAAAAGAAUUUUAGAUUAACACAGUUAGAUUGAUUUUAAAUAGAAGUUAUAAGAAUAUAAAUAACAUAAAAAAAUAAAGUUUAGACUUUUAAAAGUUAAACGAUAAUUUGAAUAAUAAGAAAAAUUAGCUGUUGACUAAAGAUUUAAAUCAAAAUCAUUUAGUUAAGUAUAAGUGAAUAAAAUUUGA